UUCACGACACGCUGCGUUGUCAGGCUGACGUCUGACGUCACGCCGCCACCGAAGGCGUAAGAAACAUGGCCGCCUCCUGCGACUCCAGAAAUUUCUCCCGAUUUUAGGUUUUUAAUAUUCAUUUUGGAACGAUGUUGUGUACCAAGGACAAAACGGAAACAAUGGUGCCAUCUGCUAAGGAAGAAGAGAAGGAGGAGGAAAAGACAGAAGUGAAAGGAGAUGAUGAAGAGGGAGAUGACAUGGAUAAAGAUGGAACUGAGAAGGAUGGAGAUGAAGAGGGAAGUGAGAAGAAAAAAGGCGAUGAAGUAGUGGAAGAAACGCGGUCGCAGGCCAAAAAGAAAAAGAAGCCAUUUCCCGUUAAAGUUAAGAAGAAAACACCAGACGGUGUCCUGAACCUCAACAACGAGGUGGUGAGGAUGAGGAAAGAGGUAAAGAGAGUGAGGGCUUUAACCAUCAGGAAACUGACACGUCAAAUUGCUGCCCUGAAGAAGAAAAAAGGGAAGGAGGCAGAAAUAGAGAAGAAUCAGAGGAGAGCUGCGAGACUUCUGGAAGAGAUCCAUGCCAUGAAGAUACUCGUACCAGAUAUGGUGACAAAGACAGCCUUGCAGAAGAAUCUCAACUUUGAACAGGUGUGCAAAAAUCCCAAGUCCACUAUUUCUGACAGGGCCACCGCACGCAUCGCCACCCACCCCCAGUUCAACAAGAAGAUUGAGAGCAUCAAGGCUGCUGUGGAAGCCUUCAAAGAAGAGCGGAUGAAGGGUGGAAAGCAAGUACAGACAGAUAAAGAGCAAAAUCAAGCCGGUAAAGCAGCUCUACGGUCACCGGACAAAAGAGUAGAAAGAAAGAGUGAGGAAAAAGAGAAAGACAAUGCAGUGGAGGUAAAGGAUAUCCUAGAUGGGGAGAAAGGAGCUGUUCCUCUUGAAAACACUGAAGAUUCAACUGUUGUUAACAUUGAAAAGGAAGUAGAGAAAGAAACUUGUUCAGCUGGUCCUUCCGAAGUUCAAAUACAAGAAAUAACAGUAAAAAGUAGUAAUGUCAAGCACAAUGUGAAUAAUAAACCUCCAAGUAAACCUGUAAAAAAGAAACCCAAUCUUCCCCUUACUCCUGCUGUACACCAGAAAAGAUCAGAUGAAGAUGAGAGCGACCUAGAGCUGUCAGACGAUGAAGAGAAACAGUAUUUUGAUGACAGCACAGAGGAACGUUUCCAUAAGCAAUCCUCCCAGUCAGAGGAGAGCGACGACGAUGACGACUUCUUUGUGGGAAAAGUGAGCAAAUUCAAGAAGAAAAAGAAGAAGCAGAAAGACACAGACGGGGAAGAGAGACAAGAAGUGGAAAAGGACUCAACAGACAGUGUAAAAACGUCAGACAAGCUCCAGAGUGAACUUGACGAGCUUGAGUCCAGGCUGAAGUCUAAAGCAACCACGCUGCAGUCGGUGUUCUGUUCUUCCCUGGCUGCAACUAAGGCAGGUAGGGGCGGUAGAGGAAGAGGUGGGGAUAAAUUUAGAGGCCAGGGAAAACCGAAAGGUGGCAGUGGUCUAAGUAGAGAUUUUAGUAAACAAUCCAAUCCAAAACAGAAUAAAGGAGUGGACAGAAAUGCAGGGUCCAAAUACAGCAAGCCCUGCCCUGAAGGCAGACUCUCUGAGUCUGAGGAGAAGGGCUUUGGGAGAGGACGAGGACGAGGGCGAGGGCGAGGCAGAGGUGAUGCUCUAAGGCAGAACAGUCACAGGGGUGGAGGUGCCUUCUCUCAUCCAGCACCACAGCAGGCGCUACAUCCAUCCUGGGAGGCCAGCAAGAAAAGGAAAGAGCAGCAGGGACAAAUCCAGGCCUUCCAGGGGAAGAAGAUUAAGUUUGAUGAUGACUGAAAUCAUAUUGGACUGUUUCAGCUGAAUGUAUAUGAUGCCUAUCACUGAGUGUCUUAGGUGCCAUGUUUGGAUGAUUCUUUUUAUUCCCUAGUAAAAAAAAAAUUGUUUAAAUAUUCUGAGUUUCAAAUGUGGAAUGAGUCACUCUGGCAUAUACGUUUUCUAUGUUUUCCAGUUUCCAGAAACAAAUCAUUUGCAAGGACUUGCUUUAGUUACAGAUGUAUUUGUGAUCAUUCACAAAAGUAUUAUUGUUAGAUUUUGUUUUAAAGUUUACCCAGAUCUUUCCCUGACAUAGUGAACUUACUAUCUUACUAAUCCUUAUGAUUCCAUUAUUAUGGCUCAGUUACGCUGUACACUCUCUGAAACCUUUGUGAUACAAAUUGAAAUCCACUGCAAAACCUUAAACCCGGUGACCUUCUCUCGUUUAUGAUCCUCCAUUAUUGUGUUUUAUUGUGCUUUUAUGUGCUUCAGUAAUACGAAGUUCAGAUUAGAGAUUUAGAGGAGUGUCUUUAUUAAUCCCUUGUAUGAGGACUGGUUCUGGUAUUUGGCAUUAGUUUCAAAUAACAAGGAACUGUUGAUUCAACAUUGUGGAUCCUGUGGUUUGUGGCACUAUUGAAUUGUAUUUUAUUUACCGACAACCUCAUUUUAGCCAGUGGGCUUAAUAACAGUUGGCAGUGGGCUGUCGUGUUUAAUUCAAAAACAGUUCGAUCUCCAAAAUAAUCAUACAGUUGAAUAACUACCCUUCUGAUACUGUUUUAACAUAAACUGAACAUAAAAACAGUCAUGAAGCUAUAAGUUUUAGUGUAGGACUGUUAAAUUACAAUGUAUUAGCUUUCACUAGCACAGGUUAUGCUGUUCUUUGUCGUCCUAUCGUUCUUUAAAAAACUUGUUAUAUAAUUGCGUUGCAAAGAAAUGAUCAAAGUACAGCAAGUAACAUCAUUUACUGUUUAUUGAAGCAGCUUUCCCUUGUUUUCUGCAAAUAUAUUGGUACAGUGUGAGAUAUUUCUAUUAAACAAAGCCAAAGUCUGAAUCAAUGAGGUAAAUGUACAUGAAACUAAUCUCUGGGAUGCAAACACUCAGAUCUCACGUGGGUCAACAACUAUUCACACAAGUAAAGGUAUAUUUUUUGGUUUUGGUUUUGAUUGUUAACACAGGAACUGCUAGUUUUUGGUUAGCAGUACAUUAGGUUAUACUCUUAAUUGUUCACUGUAUAUGCAGUGGAGGAUACAAUUUGUCACUGCUUUUAUCACGGAUACAUAUUUAUUAUGGAUGUUGCACAUAUAAAUGUUAAGUACAAACUGUAAAAAGAGAUCAGGUUUUUCUAUUAUGUAGAUGUAUAAAAAGAUUCCUGAAUUUUGUAAACUACUGCAGAUUUAUUCAUAGUUGAUAGGUGUAUGUGCUGAUAUUUCUUUUCUUGCUUUGUCUUUUUACCCUACCCUACCCUAGUUAUAGUUUGAUACUCAAGGACUGUGUUUGUUUCAAUUAAACAGAUCUGCAUGGAGCUUUA